CCAAUAUACAACCACAAACACACGAGCCUCUUAUCAUGUACUUUGUUUGGAAUACAGCCGGCCCUAAAAUCUGACAAGAUGUGCACCACUGUAUCCACGGAUUCCUUUGUGUUUUUUCUGUGUCUCUUUUCGAUUUAGUCUACCCUGGAACUUUGAGCUUCUGUUGCUUGUUUGUGCGCCCUUUCGGAGGGGCGUUGUGCGCUCUACACUCCUAUACGUUUUCUGUUGGUUAAGAGGUCCCAGUUUGGAUAUUACACUGUCGUUUUGUCUCGCUCCCGCUUGCCCAAAUGACUGAGCGUGGUUCUACACGGAGACGUUGCUCUCCCACCCGCUUCAGCAGGAAAACCUCCGGCUAAAGUUUGAAUGUAACAGUGGCUGAGUGGGUCCGAGAAUACACCGUGCCCUGGAUUUGCAAUUAUCUACUGAUUGCAACGAGAACGGAUAUACAGUCUCCGCAAACAGGGUUCCCUCUGGAUUUAUUAAACUACUGGAUUUAUUCCAAAACCAUGAAGACUAGUGUUGUUGAGGGGGGCCGAGUCCUGUUCCUAAUGGUGUGGUUAAACCUGGUGCCUCGAGGAGUUGACUGCUGCCCGGCCAGAUGUGUAUGUUACAGUGAGCCGCGGCCCACUGUGGCCUGUCAGCAGCAGGGACUGUUGUACAUUCCCACUGAAAUCCCAGUGCGGAGCCAGCGGAUAUUCCUCCAGAGCAACAAGCUGACCGUGGUCCGUUCCACAAGCUUCAGCUCCGUCCACAACCUGACCGUCCUCUGGCUCUACUCCAACAACAUCAGCCACAUCGAGGCUGGGGCCUUCUAUGGCCUUGAGCGGCUGGAGGAGCUGGACAUCGGGGACAACAGCAACCUGAGGAUCAUCAGCCCCACUGCCUUCAGGGGUCUGUCCAAGCUCCACACCCUCCACCUGCACAGGUGUGGCCUGUCCGAGUUACCAGUGGGUGCAUUCAAGGGACUCUUUUCUUUGCAGUACCUCUAUCUGCAGGACAAUAACCUGCUUGCCCUACAUGACAACACGUUCCUAGACCUGGUCAACCUUACCUAUCUGUUCCUGCACAACAACAAGAUCAAGACCGUGUCAGAUCACAUGCUGCGCGGCCUCGUCAGCCUCGACCGCUUACUGCUACACCAGAACAGGGUGAUCUACGUCCAGCCGAGGGCGUUCAGCGACCUGAGGAAGCUGACAACACUAUUCUUGUUCUACAACAACCUGACGGUGCUGACUGGGGAGACCAUGGACCCAUUGGUGUCACUCCAGUACCUUCGCCUCAACGGGAAUCAGUGGGUGUGUGACUGUCGGGCUAGAACCCUGUGGGACUGGUUCAAACGCUUCAAGGGCUCCAGCUCGGAGCUCGAGUGCAAUGCCCCAGUAGAGUUGUUUGGUAAGGACCUGAAACGGUUGAAGAGUGCUGAUCUGGAAGGGUGCGUGGAAAGUCCCCAGAUCCAAACCCAGCUCUUCAGCUCCAAACCCAGGCCCGGAAAAUUCGCCUCCACAGAAAACCCUCUGGGCGAUGGAAUUCCCAAGUGCUGCCUUUCAGAAAAUGAUAAAUCUUCUAUUAUCUCUGGUAAAACCAUUCCGGACCCCUCAUCCUACAACAGCCGCCAGAUCACAAACAACCCUCUCAAAGAGAAAGAGAACAUAUCCAAGACCAAAUUCAGGGAUCAGGAACGAACAAAAAAUGAGACACUCCGGAAUAAGCAAAGUCUUAACGACGGUCCUUUGGGGACACUCUCCAACAACCUUGACCAGUCCUUAGUCCAACUGGAGGAUCUGGAACCUUCUACUGCUCCAACUAGGAAGAAAAAGAAGUGCACUAAAAAGCCCAAAUCUGACGCACAUUGUCUCAAAGGCCAUGGAUCUACCAUGCAGGCUGCAGUGAGCUUUCUUUUCAUGUCCAUAAUCUGGUUCUCUUUGGCCAUGUCUUAGGACCUUUGGACCUGGGAUGGGAUCACAUGCUAAAUAAACUCUCCUAUUGUUAUCAAUGCUUAUGACAAUGAUGCAGAAUAUAUCUGCAGCAAAAUCUGACCUUCACUAACAGCCCAGAGACUGAUAACCAAGAAGGUCAGAUUUGGACCCAUCGUCAGGGUGACAACGACUACCGAUAAUAAAGAAAUCAACAAAAUGGAUGCCUUUUACAGAACACGUCAAAUCUAUUGUAUAUAAUAAAUUGGUGCCCGAAAUUGUUUGUUCUGUAUGUACUUUACUGUACCGUGUUUAAGCUACACCACCCUAGAGAUUCUCCUGAAUCCUUUUGCCCUUUCAAAAAGCGUUUACUGCAGACACAGUGACUGCUGAGACAGACAACUGGAAAAAAAAAAGGAAAAAAA